AUGAUAGAAAAUCCUAAAACAGAAUUGCCAGUACAAAUAUGUAAAAACAUAGAUCUCAUAGUAUCUGGUGGCGUACAGAUUUGGGGUGUGAAAGCUACUUCAAUCACCCGCCGACAAAUAAACGCAGAUCCCGUUAUUGAGGAACACAGAUUCGUGGCGCAUCAAGAUCGUGAAAAGAUUUCUUUGCACGAAGCAAUACGUAUAUCAACGCAAAUCGCACUGGAAGAUCACCAAAUUACGAAAGUAAAAGCCAUCGAACUGGUGGAAGAUGCAGAUAUCGUGAGCACAGAAGAACUAGCAAUUCCGGCAAUAAUUGAAGCUUGCAAUAAUUUGCCGUUAGUACAGGCAAGUGUUACUCUAAUGACAUCGCUGACUCGUUUUAACGCAUCAGACUUGCCACCGAACGUAACAAUCGCGGAUUUAAAGAAACACGUAGACACCAAAGUCUUAAUGGUUAUCGGAUUUAAUCUUUUGUCGAAGCGACGAUCACUAGAACAACUUUUACUCUUUCUUGAAGAAGGUGGUUAUUUAUUAUCGCGUGAAAAACAUGACGUAACAGAAGUAACAGAAUCUUAUCAACAAUAUGGAUUAAAUGUUAUUCUUGAAAAACGUACUGAAAAAGAAAUAAUCGUGCUUCUAAAAAAACGAAUUACAAUCAAAGAAACAACUGUUGUUUAUAUUAACAAUAAUAACUUUGAAUGGGUGGAAAACUUGAAGCUAUUUAUAGACGAAAAGGAAACAUUUAAUCAGAACAAAAGAAUUGUAAUUGUUAGUGAAAGCGAUUUUGAGUGCGGUUUAUUGGGCUUUGUUAAUUGCUUGAGAAAAGAGCCUGGUGGCGAGCUCGUUAGAGGUGUGUUCAUUCAAGACAAGACUGCUCCAAAAUUUUCUUUGCAAGAUCCCUUCUAUGCGCAACAGUUGCAGAAAGAUAUGACAGUCAAUAUUUUGCGACCUAAUAAAACUUGGGGUUCUUAUCGACAUUUCUGUUUGCCAGCUCCGGAACCCGCAUUUGUUCCCGCUGCUUACGUGUGUCAAACGGAUCGUGGUAACCUAAGUACUUUUUGUUGGAUAGAGAAUGAUAUAUCCAUCGACUCUCAUUGUAAUGAUUUAGUACGUGUAGUUUAUUCGUCCAUCAAUUUUAGAGAUGUAAUGUUGGCAACAGGAAAAUUAACUACUUUAGGCAUCGAAGAGCGAUUCGAAAGUAUGUCUCUUGGAUUGGAAUACGUAGGAUUUGAUGCCAAAGGACAACGAGUAAUGGGAGUACGCAACAAUAAGUACUGGGGAGCUAUAGGUGAUGUAGGUCUUGUUGCUGACAUGCAGGAGAACGACAAAAAACUCGUUAUUGGUGGUACGCUGCAACAAGGAAUAUUAUCUUGCCUUAACGAACUCGACAAAUUCUUACUUCAGAAUCGGCCGAUCGUAAGCAGUAUGGUAGUGGCUGAAAAGAAACAGAGAGCAUCUGAAUCUAAUAUCAGUGAAACUGUUGCUGCUAUUAUGAAUAUAAAAGACAUUAAAAAAUUAAGUCAAACUACAUCUCUGGCCGAGCUUGGGAUAGACUCUAUGAUGGCAGUGGAGAUUAGACAAACUAUGGAACGUGACUUCAACGUGUAUCUCUCCUUACAAGAAAUACGAAGCCUCACCUUUGCAAAACUCUUUGAUAUAUCUAACACAAAGGCCAUUGUUGAAGAAACAUCUGAAAAAGCUACAUCUGAUAAGAUAAUCGAGCAGAACAUAUUUGGUAUUGUACAAAACAAAGAUUUCAUCUCUGAAAUUUUUGUAGACUUGUCGCCUAAAAACAAGGAAAGUGCUACUCAAGUCUUUCUUAUACCAGGAUUUGAUGGUUGUGGAACUAUAUUUAAUCAUUUAGAGAUGUAUAUUAAAUUUACUGCAACAUCAUUGCAUUAUAAUACAGGUGUUAUUUCCGCUUGUAAUACUUUGUCAAAGAUGGUUGAGAUUCUCGAACAG